CAAGCAGCUGUAUUGGGAGACGAAAGAUUGAAUCUGUUGAACGAAAUGAUUGCUGAUAUGAGGUUAAUCAAGAUGUACACCUGGGAAUUGCCAUACGCCGCACUAAUAGAAAAAAUCAGAGUGAAUGAAAUGAAAAAAAUUCGAAAGUUUCUAUAUGCAAGCGGAAUAUCGUAUAUAUUGGCGUAUCCUAUGUCGAAAUUAUUCAUUCUCCUCGCAUAUCUCGCAUUUUUUUUAAAUGGAGGACAACUAAAUACCGAAAUUAUAUUCGUUACAAUGACUUUCUCAAUGUAUAUCGCUUGCCAGAUUGUUGCUUUUUUUUCUCAAGCAGUGAGUUUUGUUGCAGAAAUUUUGGUUUCGUUAAAAAGGAUACAGGAUUUUCUUCUCCUUCAAGAAAGAGAGAACGAUGCAGUCAAAACUGCAAGAGAAAGAGAAAAUUCAACCGAAUACGAAAUACGAAUGGAUAGUGUCACAGCUGCGUGGAAAAACGAAUUCGAACCAACAUUAAGUGGGAUAUCACUAAACAUGCAACCGAGAGAAUUAUUAAUUGUUAUAGGUCCUGUUGGAUCAGGGAAGACGUCUUUACUAAUGUCCGUUUUGGGAGAGAUUCCAAUUACUUCUGGUGAAGUGUCCGUGAAAGGAAAGAUUUCAUAUGCUUCUCAAGAAGCUUGGGUGUUCAACGCAACUAUCAGAGAAAACAUCUUGUUUGGAGAAGAAUAUCAAGAAGACAAAUAUAGAAAAAUCUUGCAUAUAACGGCACUAGAAAAGGAUAUUAGCUUAUUUCCUAAAGGAGAUAAGACAAUCGUAGGAGAGAAAGGAGUGAUAAUGAGCGGUGGGCAGAAAGCAAGAAUUAAUUUAGCAAGAGCGCUAUAUGUGGAUGCCGAUAUUUUCCUCCUGGAUGAUCCACUGAGUGCUGUUGAUGUUCCAGUGGCAAAACAUAUCUUCGAAAAGUGUAUAAUGGAAUAUUUGAAAGACAAGAUAUGCAUUCUAGUUACGCAUCAAAUACAAUUUUUAAACUCUGCGUGUAAAAUUUUAGCGUUAAAAAAGGGAAAAUGUGAAUCUAUUGGAAAUUUUAAACAAUUGGAAAAUUUAGAAAUGCAUACAGGAAUAUUACCAAAGAAAGAAGUUUCUGAAAAUAGCAUUGAUUUAGAGAGUGCGGUUUUUCAUGAUGAUGGUGAUGAUAAAAUUGAAAGUUUUCAAUGUGAUAUGAAUGAUAAAAUUGAAGACAGAAACAAAAGUAAUGAGAAUGCUGAAGAUAACCAAACACCGCAUGACAAUGAAGAGUUUAAUAAACCAGGAAUUUCAGUUUAUAAAUCAUACAUCAAUGCCGGAGCGGGACUUUUCUUAAAAAUUGUUAUUUUAUCCACGCUAAUUAUAGCUCAAUCCCUUACAAGUGCCAGCGACUAUUGGCUAAUCAAAUGGCUGCAAGAUAAAAGAAUAUAUAGCCACAGCAUAGACAAUCUCGAAAAUAUUACAUCUAAUACAAGUAUUUUUCACAACAUUGAAGACGAAAAUUUUUAUCACAGUGAAGAAUUCAACAUGUAUGUUUACAUUGGAUUGAUAUGUGCCGUAUUUCUAACGACUUUAUCUUCUGGAUUAUUGGUAUACAGAUUCUUUACAAUUGCUUCUUUCAAACUCCAUAACAAUAUGUUUCGUUGUAUCAUUCGAACUCCGAUAUCGUUUUUGGAUAACAAUCCCGUUGGAAAAAUUUUAAUUCGGUUUUCCAAAGAUGUUAAGUCAAUGGAUGAUUUGUUACCUUUCUUUACUUUCAUGCUGAUAAGAGGAUGUUUUAUUGUUGUCGGCAUGUGUGUUCUUCAAGCGAUACUCUGUCCUUAUCUAUUUAUAUUGAUUGCUGUCCUUUUAGUAAUAUUCUGUGCUUUGUGGACCAUCUUUAGCCAAGUGUUGAAAAGCGUAAAACAUUUGGAAGGAAAAUUGAGAAGCCCAGUAUUUUCACAUCUGAGUGUAUCUCUUUACGGACUGACGACAAUUAGAGCAUUUAACGCUGAAAGCAAAUUUAAAUCCAUGUUUAAUAAGUAUCAGGAUAAGCAUACUUCAACGUUGUUUAUUUACUUGUGUUUAAUUCGAUGGAUUUCCGUAUACGGUCACAUAAUUUGUUUCAUAAAUCUAAUUAUUACUGUUAUUAUUUUCGGUGUUUCAAAUAAUUCAGGUGACGCAGGAAGCAAAAUUGGACUUGCAUUAAAUUACGGAAUACUAAUAAUUACGAAUAUUCAAAGCUUUAUUACAUUUGCAUGUGAAAUGGAAUUUCAGAUGAACUCUGUAAAGCGCAUUCGGAAAUACAGCAAAUUGAAAUCGGAAGCAACGUACGAAAGUUUGCCCGAAAAACGGCCGCCCUCGGACUGGCCCCAAACAGGACAAAUUCAUUUCGAUAAUGUUUCUUUACAAUAUUCCGAGGAUGAAAACAUCGUUUUAAAGAAUUUGACUUUUCGUAUUGGCUCGGGAGAAAAGAUAGGAAUUGUCGGGAGAACAGGAGCUGGAAAGAGUUCAAUAAUUGCUUCGUUAUUUCGCAUGACGGAGACAACGGGAACAAUCACCAUCGAUGGAAUCGACACCAAAGAAAUCGGUCUUCGAGAUCUACGUAGUAAAAUAUCCAUCAUUCCUCAAGAUCCGAUGUUGUUUACCGGUCCUCUUCGAAGAAACAUCGACCCUUUCAACGAAUAUUCGGAAGAAACUCUGUGGAAAGUCAUGGAAGAGGUACAGUUAAAAGAAGUUAUUAGUAAAUUACCUGGAGGAUUGGAUACGCACUUAACGGAAGGAGGAAGAAAUUUCAGCGUGGGAGAAAGACAAUUAAUUUGUCUGGCCAGAACCAUUCUUCGCCGGAAUAAAAUUCUCGUCAUGGACGAAGCAACGUCCAAUAUCGAUAAAAGGACCGAUUCCUGUCUACAGAAAAUAAUUCGAGAAAGAUUUAAAUCUUGUACUGUGUUGACAAUAGCCCACAGAUUAAACACAAUCAUCGAUUCGGAUAGAGUGCUGGUACUAGAUACAGGAAAACUACAAGAAUUUGACUCGCCGUAUGCAUUACUGAAGAACGUAAAUGGUAUAUUUUAUAACUUGGUAAAGAAGACGGGAGUAACUUCAAUGAAUGAAUUAUACAAAAUUGCCAAAGAGAAAUAUUACGCUAAAGAAAGGGUCGAACAAACAAAACUAUAAAACAGUGGAUUGUCUUUAAUGUAUAUCCAUCUUUUAUAGAUACGGUGUUGUGUGUUUUUUAACUCUGUUUUUAGAAAUAUUAAUUUAAGUUCUUAAACAUUAAGUUAGUAUUUCCGCACAUCAUAUAAAACAUAAAAUUAAUAAUAUGUAAACAUUUGUGAGUUAAACUGUGAUAAACAUUACUGACAGUAAUCAGAAAGUAUAGGAGAUAAUAUUUUAGCUAUAUUUACAAUGGUUAAUUUAAGAAAUGAAGUGAAUUUUCAAGUAUUAAA